AUGAUGGAGGUGCCUGCGGCGUCGGUGAUAGAGGAUUUUCGGAUUGGGGAGGAGUUCGUUCGUGGUGUCCAGUUAGCCACUCUGGACAAUGGUGGUUUAGAUUUAGAGACCGUUGAUCGGCUACGUAAUCCCCUGCGUACACCACUCAAUAUAACAGACCCAGAUUUUCGUUUAUCCCUCGAUAUCUUCCUCGCCACUCGAAAUGCUUCACAGAAAACAUAUCACGACAUCCACCAGGCCAUGCAGCGCCACAAUCCCGAGUCUGCUAUGCUAUCACAUGCACAGAUGAAACACCGUGUCGCGGAGCUUAGCGGUGUCACUCCCAUCAUUCAUGAUAUGUGUAUCAACUCCUGCCUCGCAUUCACCGGUCCAUUCGCCAAUGAGACAUCGUGCCCGAAGUGCAAGGAACCGCGUUAUGAUCCACAGCAUCCACACUCUCGAGUUGCGCGUCAACACUUCUCGACAAUUCCUAUCGGUCCCGUUCUACAAGCUCUGCGACGAAACCCAGAGAGUGCAGAGAAGUUUCAGUAUCUCGGUCAACGGAUCGAGAAAUUCUUGGAGCAAUACAAUCACAAUCCUCUCUUUUCUCCUCAGGUUUUCGAAGACUGGUGCGAUGGUAGCGACUUUCGCCGUGCUAUCGUUGAGCGUCGUAUCACCUCCGAAACAUCAGUCCUCAUGUUUUCGAUGGAUGGCGCAAAACUCUAUCGCAACAAGGAUUCGGACUGUACAAUCGCUAUUUGGGUCAUCCUCAGCCUGUCGCCUACCAUUCGCUACAAAAAGGCGUUUAUCUUCCCCGCAUUCUUCAUUCCUGGACCACGACACCCACGCAACCAUGACUCGUACAUGUAUCCAAGCUUCCAUCACCUCUCCGCUCUUCAGAAUGGAGGGCUCACAGUCUGGGAUGCCGCCAAGAACAAGAUCUACAAAGACUAUCCUUUCCUUGGUUUCGCCACAGCCGAUGCAGUUGGAAUGGCUUCGCUGUCUGGUGGUGUUGGGCAUCUGGGGAAGUUUGGAUGUCGUCUUCGCUGCAUGCAACAAGGUCGUCGGAAACCAGGUGACAAGAGCUACUUCCCUGCCUAUCUCAAGCCGAACAAUUACUCUGUACCGGGAUGUGACCAUGCAGAUUCGAGUUAUCGAGAGAGGAAGGGGACCUCGGCAGAACUGGCUGAGAGGUAUAAGAGAGGUGUUGACUACGUUGGAGCAUCCAAGGAUCAAGACGAAUACAACAGGCGUCGACUCGAGACCGGAACUUGCAAACCUACCAUCAUCAGCGGGCUUCCUCCCCAGCGUUGUCUCGGUGUUCCUGGCUGUCUCUGUGGCGACUGCAUGCACCAUCCUGCGCUCAACAUACCCGAUAAUCACAUCAACCUUUGGCGGGGACGGACAAAGGCUGAUAAGAACGACAACAGGGCGUCCUGGGACUGGGCCACACUUGUUGGUCCGGCAUGGACAGAGCAUGGUAGUCUACUCGGUAAAGCUGCUCCUUACUGGCCAGGAUCGUUCGAUCGAGUUCCUCGAAAUCCGGCAGAGAAGAUCUCGAGUGGUUACAAGGCAUGGGAGUUUAUGCUAUAUUUCUAUGGUAUCGGUCCUGCAGUAUUCUACGAAUUUCUCCCCGACAAGUAUUGGAGAAAUUACUGUCAGCUUGUCAAGGUUGUUCGUUAUCAGGUCCAGCAUAAGAUCUCCCAUGACCAGCUUCUCGACUCCCAAAUUGCCGCUCAGAAUUGCUGUGAGGACUAUGAAUCACUCUACUACCGACGUAUGCCAGAGCGCAUCGACUUUGUUCGCCAAAGCAUACACACGAUCUCUCACAUGGCUUCAGAAACACAACGUGUCGGACCCGGUGCAUACGGAAGUCAGUGGCCACUCGAACGUACCAUAGGCGACCUUGGACAGCAGAUCAAGCAGCCCUCUAGACCGUAUGCAAACCUCUCACAGCGCGGACUCCUUCAAGCACAGAUCAAUGCAUUGCGAUCGAUGAUACCGGAUCUGGAUGGAGGAGUUGUACCUCAGUUGCCGCAUGGCGCUCAGGAUUUGGGUAAUGGGUAUGCGUUGCUUCGUGCCAUGGACAACAUACUUCGACCCAUCACACCUGCGGAAACGGAAGCUAUUCGUGUGUAUGUGCUAGGCCUCAGUGGGGUAGUUCAGACACCGACUACAGCGGUCACACGUUGGGCCAGGUUGCGCCUGCCAAAUGGUCAGGUUGCUCGAACACUUUGGAAAGAGUCACGAAAGCCGCUCAACCAGCUUCGCAUGUCUCGAAAUGUAAAGAUAGAGAGUGUAGACGUCUUCAACGGUGAAAUGCACCGUGCCACUGAUUUUGGAGAAGUCCAGUAUUUCUUUCAGCUUCAGGUUGCUGGAAGAACUCGAACUGUCGCAAUGGUCUCCCUACUUUCAGACCUCGAAAAAGACCUCUUCUCCCUUUCGCACGGCACACUCAUGUCUUACGUGCACACCGCUCAUCCAAGCCUCCGUGUUGUCAAUGCCACGGAUAUCAAGUCUGUGAUUGCUAGCAUCCCACACCGCAUUCAGAGGUACGAAAGUGGGAGACUGAGGAGGUUUGGUGAUGAGAGCGAGGAGCCAUGGAAUUGGGAGGAUCGUUUUGUGGUUGUUGAGAAACCCGGAUUAGAUGUUGCAUCCAUGGCAGGAGCUCAGGAAGAGAUAUUGGACGAGUAG